AUGGAUUUUCAAAAUCGACCAGGAUCAAAGGUUGGUAGUGGUGGUGUAGCUGGAUAUUCAGAAACAAAUGUAGAUCGACGUGAACGUCUCCGAAAACUUGCAUUGGAAACAAUUGAUCUGAAUAAGGAUCCAUAUUUUAUGAAAAAUCAUCUUGGUUCUUAUGAGUGUAAACUUUGUUUAACUUUACACACUAAUGAGGGCAGUUAUCUUGCUCACACUCAAGGUAAAAAACAUCAAACAAAUCUUGCUCGUAGAGCUGCACGUGAAGCAAAAGAAAACAACAAUAUACAACCUGCCUUACAAAAUCAACCAAAAAUCCAAAUAAAGAAAAAUUUAGUAAAAAUCGGUAGACCAGGUUACAAAGUGACAAAAGUGAGAGAUUUAAUCACCAGACAACUUGGUUUAUUGUUCCAAAUUCAGUACCCUGAAAUUGGAUUGGAUGUUAUACCUCGUCAUCGAUUCAUGUCAGCUUAUGAACAAAGAGUUGAACCACCAAACAAAGCACAUCAAUAUUUGCUUUUUGCUGCUGAACCAUAUGAGACAAUUUCAUUUAAAGUUCAAAGUAAAGAAGUUGAUAAGGGCGAAGGAAAAUUCUUUACACACUGGGAUCCUGAUUCAAAACAGUUUUCAUUACAAUUCUUUUUCAAGAAUGAUAGACCAGGAAUGUACUCUGAAGGUGUUCCACCUGGAAUGGAAAGACCUCCUAUUGCGAAUCCAUUAAAUCCAUUUAAUGCACCAACUAUGCGUGGACCUACUUAUGUAUAG